AUGUCGUCGAACUGCCCAGCCACCUCUGCCAAGCGCGAUGACGCGUCGACAAACGUGACGGAAUUGAUCCAUGGACGACUUCAAAGUAGCCCCAAAGAAGACUGGGAUCGAUUAUUGAAGUGUUGGGGCUAUGACGAUUGCGGUGAUUGUCACCGGAGUGAAGGUCAUUGUGGCUGGUGUGCGAUUUCGUCAACAUGCCUUCCGCUGCCCACGGAUUCCCUGUCAAAAGCGUUCCCUCUCCUCACACCCAUCCGCUACGACUCGAUAUGUGCUCUACGCUCCGAGCGUUUCGAGCUCCGCACUUCUGGAUUAGGCUGUCAAGUAUCCACAAUUACAUUCUUGACGUCCAUAGUGACGAUUUUCUCUACUCUACUUGGUGUCUUGGUGCUAUACGGUCUCGUAAAAUGUAUCAAGUUGGCUGGGCUAGGUACUAGGGGAAGCAGAGGCGGUCAUGUGAUAUUUGAGGACGGUAGUGAAGAUAUUUGGGUGAGAAAGAGUGAAGGAUGGGGGAUGUGGUGGCGGCGAGUGAGCGGCAAACCGAAAGAGUUCGAGAUUGAGGAGGUAGAUGAAUGGACAAGAAAGAGGGGGUUCUUCUGGUGGAACACAAGGGAUGCUGAGAGGAGACCGCUGCUCCAGUGA